AUGGCAAAAGCAUACACACAAGCUGAAUUUGACAGUCUGAUGGAGAAGGUGGAGAAGGUAGAUAUUAGAGUGAAAGAAUACUUAGAGUUAGCUGGUUACGAAAAUUGGAUUAGGUUGUAUGCACCUGUUAACAGGGGAUGGAAAAUGACGUCAAAUAUUGCUGAGUCAAUCAAUGUCUCACUAGUUUCAGCAAGGAAAUUGCCAAUAUACGACUUCCUCAAAGAAGUUAGGAAGAUGUUUGGACGUUGGAAUUGUAGUAACCGCAAAGAAGCUACACAGACAUACACGACGAUUGGAAAAAAAUACCAGGAGAUGCUGACUUUGAAUGAGGCAAUGUCUACACGUAUGACUGUGGUACCAUCAACUGAAUACUUACAUACGGUUAACGAUGGUGGGAGGAAUUACACAGUCUGCCUAUUAGAGAGAAAAUGUGUUUGUGGGAGGUUCCAAUUUGAUGAAUUGCCAUGCCCACAUGCUUGGGCUGUAUUGAAGAGCAAGUUUCUAAUGCCAAAAGAAUAUUGCUCUAACUAUUACAAACCAAAUACAAUUGUAAUGACAUAUGAUUUGCCAGUGUACCCGCUACCGGACAGAAAUGACUGGAAUAUACCAGAACAUGUUGUAGAGGAGGUUGUACUACCACCCAAAUGGAAAAGACCUUCUGGAAGGCCAAAGAAGAAGCGCGAUAAAACUUUAAGUGAAUUGUUGCAGUCAAAAAAUCAACAUUCAUGUAGCAUAUAUGGGGGAGGACAUAACAAGCGAACGUGUAGAAAUGCUCCACGUAAUAAAUAG